GUGGAAGCAACACGCAGAAGUGUGUCCAGAGGCAGAGGACGACACUCUUCCAAUGGCCACCGUGCAGUCCCUACUCACUGGGAGCGGUGGGGGCGGAGCCCAGGCUGAAGAGGGCGUGGAGGAAGGGGGAGGGCCCAGGCGUCGUGUGCCAGGUGUGGAACUCAGGCUCGUCCAAUCACAGGCGGGAGAGGAAGAGGAGGAGGAGGAGCUUGGCAGCAGCAUCACAGCUCUGGUGCUCAGGCAGCCAAUGAAGCACAAGAGGGCGUGGCUGUACCUGAUACUCACAGGACUGCUGAUAUUCACCACAGCGUUCCUGCUAGGCUACGUGGUGUUUCGUGGCUCCUCGUGUCAGUACUGCACUAUUGACGAUGGGGAGCUGGUGCCAGUGGACGACCCGCCAGGCUACUACAGCGAGGGCAGCCUGCUGCACAUGGGGGAGCUCCGAGAAAUGCUCAAGAAGUACCUCAGCGAGGAGACCCUGGAUACCACUAUUAGGCGAGUGAGCAGGACAGCCCAUCCGCCGGGGUCCUCGGAGGGGAACGACCUGGCCCAGGAGAUCCUGCAGGCCUUCAAGAAGCUGCACAUGGACCACACCUGGACAGACUCACACUACGCAACCCUGCAGUUCCCCUCCAGGACCCAGAGAAAUACCCUGUGGAUUGUGGAUGAGGACGGGAACGAGCUGGAGGAGAUUCCCUUGAACCAGGAAGACUACUGUGCCUACAGCCCCAACGGCACGGCAACGGGCGGAGUCAUGUACGUGAACUACGCGCGGCCCGUGGACUUCGAGACGCUGCGCUCGCUGGGCGUGUCUCCGAAGGGGGCCAUCGCCAUCGCCCGGGUGGGGGGAGGGGUGAGCUUCGCCGAGAAGGUGCAGCAGGCCCAGAAGGAGGGCAUGGUGGGGGUGCUCAUCUACCCAGACCCCUCGGACGUACCCCAGGACCCCCGGCGCCUGGGGCUGAGCAGCGACGCAGCCAUCUCAGAACACGUCCAUCUGGGUUCCGGUGACCCCUUCACCCCCGGCUUCCCCUCCUUUAACCACACCCAGUUCCCGCCCAUGCAGUCCUCUGGCCUGCCACUCAUCCCUGCACAGCCAAUCAGUGCCAACGCAGCCUCUACCCUGCUCAGACAGCUGGAGGGCCCGGCGUGUCCGCGUGGCUGGCAGGGCCGGCUGCAGAUCUAUGUGUACUGUAAGUGUGUGCUGGGUCCUUCCCUGAGGCAGACGGGGCCCCCUGCUGGUCGGAGGAGGGUUCGCAUGGGGGUCCACAACAUCAUGAGGCCCGUGCUGCUCAACAACAUCUUCGCCUCCAUCGAGGGACGCAUAGAGCCAGACCAGUACAUCAUCAUGGGGGCCCAGAGGGACUCGUGGGGGCCAGGGGCCGUCAAGUCUGGCGUCGGCACUGCACUGCUGCUCGAGCUCGCACGAACCUUCAGCUCCAUGGUGCAGAACGGCUUUUACCCAAAGCGAAGUCUGCUGUUUGUGAGCUGGGAUGCUGGCGACUUUGGUAACGUGGGCGCCACCGAGUGGCUAGAGGGUUACCUCUCAAUGCUACAUCUGAAAGCAGUGGCUUAUUUCAGCCUGGAUCAAGCCAUCAUGGGUGAUGAUGAGUUGUCUGCCUACGCAAGUCCUCUACUCAUGGAUCUCAUCGAGGGAGCCAUCAAGCAGGUGGAGCACCCCAGGCAUCCUGGCCAGUCCAUUCUGGCCCACAUGGAGAGCCAGGGAGGCAACUGGAGGAGCCACAUAGUAAAGCCCCUGUACCUGAACAGUGGUGCCUACAGCUUCACAGCCUUUGGGGGAGUGCCUGCCGUGGAGCUGCGCUUUGAUGAGGCGGUGCGUACGUAUCCGUUCGUCAACACCCAGUGGGACAGCGCGGGGCGUCUGCAGGAGCGUCUGCAGGGCCAGCUGAGCUGGGUGGGCCGCACCCUGGGGGAGCUGGUGGGGCUCAUGGUCCUCCGGCUAUCCCAUCAUGCCGUGCUGCCCCUCGACCCCACCUGCUACAGCAGCACCAUGCUGCACUUCAGCUCCCAGCUCAACCAGAACUCCGCUCAACUACAGGCUCGGGGUCUGUCUCCUCAGUGGGUGUUCAGUGCUAGAGGAGACUACAGCCGAGCAGCCAAGACGCUGAAGGAGGCCAUCGAAAACAGCAACAUAGAUGACGAGAGGAUGACGCGCCUAUACAACACACGCAUCAUGAGGGUGGAAUACUACUUCCUGUCCCAGUAUGUGUCGGCGGUAGAGACGCCGUUCCGGCACAUUCUGCACGGCCGUGGCAACCAUACGCUGGGCGCGCUGGCCGAGCACCUGUCUCUGCUCCACACCCAGCCGCAGCUCUUCAACGAGGCCCGCUUUCGCCAGCAGCUAGCCCUAUUCACCUGGACGCUGCAGGGGGCAGCCAACGCGCUGAGCGGAGACGUGUGGAACAUUGACAACACCAUCUAGUUCUAAGAACCUUCCAGAAACCUUCCACCAACCAACAUUCCAGAACACCUUUAGGAACACCUCUAAAUCGUCUCUGGAUCAACAACAGUCUCUAGUAGAUAGGACAUUUUCACUCUGAACAUUGUCAACACCAUCUAGAACCUUUCCGGAACCUUCCAUCUAGCAACAUUCCAGAACAUUUCAUACAUACAUGUGGAAGAUCAACCAAACAUCCUCCUAGAGGAACACUUCUGAACUGUCUCAGUAACACUAUAUAGAUAGAACAUUUUCUCACCUGGCACCCAGAGCCUUCCAGCAUCUUCUAGAACUUUCCAGAAUCGUCCAUGAAUUUAGAGCAAAGUAUUCAGAUUCAGCCGCAGCUCUUUGACAAGGCUCACUUUCAACAGCAGCCGGCCAACGGGGAUCUGUGGAACAUCGACAACACCAUGUGGAACCUUCAAUCAACCGUCAGAAUUUUCCAGAACAUUCUAGAAUGUUUCAUACAAACUCCCACACAUGUGGAAGACCAAAGAUGACUUUAACACUCACAGUUUUUCCUAGGUCCCUUUUCACCAUGUCUGGAACACCUUAAAAUAAGUACAUAGAUAAGCACAGAAUUUCUUAUGCUGACUUUAGAUGUCAUCUUUAGGUAAUGUACUGGCUUCAGAAAAUGUUCUUCAAAAACAUGUGUGAUGUCAGUGAGUUGCAUUCAAGAAUGCUUAUACACCAGGCAGCUUAUGCAACUUCCACACUGCCCUGUCUGUUAAUAUAAUGUUGCACCUUGAUUACAGUUACAGAGUCUUUGUACAGUUUAUGUUACAUUUCCUUAGUUUCGUAGUCUUGAGUUAUUCGAUAUCAAUUCAGACAAUUCUCUCGGAUCUCCUUGCGUGACCCUGUUGAAUGAACUUUGUGUGCCUGAGUUAGUCCAUGAACAGUUACUUGUACAUGACAUAUCAAGCAAAUCAAGGGUCCCCUGAGGAAGACGUAUGAAUUGACAUGGAAUAACCCUCUUUGUUUCUGUCUUUGAUUAACAUGCAAUUAUUAUUGGUAAUUAUUUACAUGAUCCUUUUUUAUUGCCAAGUGAUAAUAAGUUUGUUACCAAUGUCAACAGUAAUUAUCGGGGGCAGGGUCCCUCAUAAUUAUGACAGUCAUACUGUCGUCAAAUCACAAAGCAGCAUCUGCUAUCAAUCAACUUGUAGUGCCGUAGCUUUUGGUUCAGCAGUGACAGGGGGGUGGGGACAUUUGUCAGGGCUUUCUCUGUGUUGGCUUUAUGUUGUGGCGGGGAAUUUGCCCUUGUAUCUGUCUGUCUGUGUCACUGCGGUGGACCAAUAAAGUCUUUUAUUCUUGUUG